ACCACACGAGCUCUACGCAAGAUGCAAUUCCAAGCAAUCGUUGGAGCGCUGCUGCUCCUCAUCAGUCCUGCCAUGGCUCAAUUCUUCAACUUCGGCAACAUGUUCGGACAGCAACAACAACAGCAAGAGCCACAGAACAUGGGCAGCGAUAGCCAGUGGUACCAGCAGAACUACGACGGCGCACGCUGCGACAAAUACCUCUGCCCGCACACCCUCUCCUGCGUGCAUUUUCCCCACCAUUGUCCUUGCGCGUUUCCUAAGACCGAGGACAAAGUCGAGUUUGGCGAAGGCAGCAUGGCCUGUGUGAGCAAGGGUGGCUUCAAAGCUGGAGAAGCGCAAAGAAAGAUCGAGCUGGCGAGGAAAGGGCUGCUUUGAAAACGAUACCUUAUGGUACAGCCGUGCAUUAUAAUCAGUUGUUACGAUACCCAGGACGAGACGAAUAGAGCUUUGCGAGGCACCUUUGACAUGAACUUGGAGUCUGGCGAUGAGGCAGAUGAGGUGAUUAGGCUGUGGAUAUUGGUUCCUUGAUCUCGAGCUUGAUCGAGACAAGAUCACGAAAGCACUGAUAGAUCACUACAGGAAUGCGACUGAGAUCAUCUCUGCUCUGGUCGAGCGCCUUCACUGUGAGUAUAUAUAACUCUCGGGCGGAACCAUCACCUGUCUCGUGACUUGGACCAUCGGACUGUUGGGCAAGGCAGGAGUGAACCCGGAUUGAGAUCAUCGUAAGCAAAAGAGAAAAGACAGUUAUGUGCGGGGACGGACAGUGUUCGCAGGAAAGGGGUACCUUCUAUUGUGAAGUGCGUAGUCGACGUGUUCUGUACAUUCAGCAGUUGGUUUGGAUG